UUUUAUUUUUUACUUUGCAGUUUCGUCACAUGUGGUUUCGUUUUCAUUUUGUAUUUUAUUAUUGGUUAUAUUUCUAGACGAAAAUGUAAUCGGUUAUUUUCUAUUAUCUCAUUUUAUUUUUUCUGUAAUUUACCUACCAGAUUUAAGUUAUUUGUUAUUAUUACAUGAAUUAUUUUACGGUUUGUCACAUAAACAAUGUAUUAUAAGAAUUAACAAUGGAAUACGAAGAAACAAUUUCUUUUGCUGUUUUAUAUCAAUUAGAUGAAUACAAUAAGAUAGAAAAAUUUGAACUCUAUGAAUACGACACAGUUGAGCUGCUUAAGAUAAAAAUCCAUGGUGUUUUUGAUAUCCCUCCACAUGCACAAAUUAUUGGAGGAUGGAUGAAACAUCCUGAAGAUGAUCAAACCAUUUUGCAAGUUUGUUCUCACUUAAACCGUAUUAAUUAUUUAACAUUAAGUAAAUUAGGUGGAAUCUCGCACACAAUUGACUUUGACGAUACACAUUUCAAAAUAAAGGACACGGAUUCGAUGGAAAUUAGAGCAACUCAAAGUUGUUUUGAACAAAUAUGUACUUACACUUCAACAUCAAAUAUAAAAUUUAAUAUAGUAAGCUUAAAUGAUGCUAUAUCGACGGCACUCAGAGCUCCACCACAAUCGCGAAAAGUAGUUCUUUUGUACUUGCACAAUUCGGAAUCACCGUUCUCUUCCCGAUUUCUUAAAAUGUUAAACGAAGAAAAUAUAUCAAACAUAUUAAAACAAAGUUUUUUCUUUGUUGGUUGGGAUGUUAAAAAUAAAAACUAUCAUAAUUCACUUUGUCAAGCAUUAAUCGAUCAGGAUAUGCCUCACUUAUGUAAUUUUGUUGAAACCAAAAUGUGUAUAGGAAUUAUAAUUCAAAAUAUACACGGACAAAUAAAAACACAAGGAGUAGUGGUAGAAGGAACAGAUGAGAGCGAACUUAUGACUUAUUUAAAUAAUUCCCACAAUUGGCUUAAUGCUGAUAGUAAAGAUGCUUCAGAGGAUGAGAAAGACGCACAAGUUGAAAUGGAUUCGAAAGCAUUUCAGAAACUUAUGGCUGACAGAUUAGGUGAUAGAGAUUUCACUUGUUAUGCAUUUGAUCAACAUGAAUAUCUUAAAAGAAAUAUUGGUUUUUCUCUAUUUGGACCACCACUUGAUGAAAAGGGAUAUGAUGAUAAAUGUAAGAAGAGAAUAGAAAGUCUUUAUCAAGUUAUUAUAAAAAAUGCUGCAGAAAUAUCUGAAUAUAAAGAUCAAAUUGAACUUUCAACUCUAUUCAACUGCACUGAACCACUUUCAGACGAUAAAAAUUCUAGAAAGAAAAAAAAUCCAAAUUAUAAUCCAAAUACAGAUAUACUUCCUAUACCAAUAUUUGUCCUUCGAAAAUGUAGAGGCAGUGAUAAUCCUUGUAGGAUUUUCAUUGACGAUGUUGGACGCAAAUACGAAAAUUGGAAGGCAUAUAUAGAAAAUAAUAAACUUGGAAAAUGCGUAAUGGUUUUACCCAAAAAUGGAAGAUAUAGAGUCGAUGGAGACGAAGUUGAGUUGGAAACCUAUUAUUCGCCUGCAUGUGGCAUUGUUAAAAAUAUAUUGAAGGUAGCGGAUAUAGCCAGUACAGUCGGCAGUGUUGGAUCUGGAUCAGUUAUGCUAGCAGCUGGAGCUGCUACGAUUACCACUAUAGCAGUUGCUCCCGCGGCUCUUAUUACCGCCGGCGUGGUUGGAGCUGGAGCUGGGGUGUAUGCUUUAGGAAGAAGCAUUAGUAAUCUUGUAGAUAGAGUAAAACACGAGGAGAGUUUGAGCUUCGCAAAUUCAGAGGCCCGAGGCAUUUAUUUCAAUCUAUUAGCUGGUUCUGUAGGAUUUGUAGGUGCCGGAGCUACCAUGGCGGUAUCACAAUUAGCAGCCAAUGGAGUAAAUAUUGGAAGGGGUGUUGGAUUGGCGGUCAACACAAUAGGAGUAGCAAAUAUAGGAGUGAGCGGUGCCAGUAUUAUUAAUUCUAGUUAUGACGUUCUUGAUCAAUGGUUUAAUGAAAAUCAAACACCAUCCUUGUUGACUCUUGUCCAGCUUAGUUCAUCUAUUCUUUUCUUCGGAAAUGCAGUUUACAAUUUCAAAACAUGUCAAAUGAUCGUUGAUGAGACACAAACAAGAGUUAUACAAGAUUAUACAGAGUCUUUGCGGAGUAAUAGACACAGGAAAACAUUUAAUAAAAUGUUUAAAGAAACAGUUCGACAAAAUGAUAGUAAUCUGGUACGUGGAAGGGCUGAUGUUAUUAAAACUAUCAGGAAUAUACCCAAUAAGGAUGAUGUAUUUGCGGUUUUAACAAGAAAUAAUAGAAUGAUGAACGAAAAAGGUGUGAAAUUUUAUGCAUCAGAAGGAGGUAUCAGCCUAAAUGGACAUAGUAUAAAUACAAAUGAAUUUAUUAUAAUGAAUAAACAGGAAGCUAGUGCCUUUUUAUCAAAUUUGCCUUUAAAAACUGACAUAUCAGCUGUAGAUCAAACACGUUUCAUUAACAGUUUUUCUCUAAAUAAUUUGCCUAUGACAAAUGUACAACAUUUUGCAGAAUAUGCUUUGCGCCUGAUAGGUACAUUUGGAAUCAAUAUCCAAGGAAUGCUUUUACAAAUUGUACAGGAUAUUUUACCAAUUGUGAUAGAAUUCUUAGGAUCACUUAUGAAUGAAAUAUUCCCUGAAAAUAGUGCGGGAACUGGAGUACUUCAUAUAGUAAUGGAAUAUUUUGGUGGAAAAGCAAUUGAAUUUUUGAAAAAUUUUGAAACAUGGAGAAAAACUGGUAGUCAUUUUUAUUAUGAUAAAGAUUUUGCAGAUUUGCCAACCAAUAAAACUGAAAGAUACACUUGGAUUUUCGUAAAGCUAGUUAACUUAUGUUUUUCCAAGGGCAGACUAAAUCAAUUGGAACUUUUGGAUAUUAUCAAAUAUACAGAAAAAUCCAUUUUGAACGAAAUAGUCGAUUAUGAGAAAAAAAAGGAGGAAAAUAAGAGAAGAGAUGAUCAUUCGCCAAAGCGGCCUCAAGAAAUAAAAUGUACAGUUUGUUCAGGAUAUUAUUUCCAAAGUGGUUCUAAAGCAUAAAAGUAUAUUAUUUGUAUUUGUUAUUCUUUUAAUUGUUGAUUACAUAAUGUAUUUUAAUAUAGUUGCUUUUAA